AUUUAUCAUGGAUGCUAAGUCCGGCUUCCUUCGUAGACUCCUUCUGGAAUGCUUUUUUCUGGAACCCUGAAGAUUUUGACAUAGCCUCAUCGCAUGAGUCAACCGAGUGAUGCCUGCAGCCACCGUGAUCUCAUCGCCAAGGCAGGCGCCUACUACUUGUAGACUAGUAAUGACUACCAGGUACCAUAAGGUAUUGUCGUGCGAACUCUGGAGAGUGCACAGACGGUGGGCAAUUCAAGGUUGGGAGGUAUAAAAAGAGCCAGCAAUGCCAUAGUUACCUCGAUUUGAGAUCUUUACCUUCCUCAGUUAUUUCGAAAGUGCAGCCAUGGAAGAAACAGUGGUCCUCACCGGCGCCAACGGCUCUCUAGCCCUGGGCUUUGUCCAAGCCCUCUUAGAAUCUCACCCUCAAAAUACAUUGAUUGCAACUGUCCGCAACCCAUCUCCGGAAGAGGAUCUCAAUACCGCAAAGCUUCUAGCACUAGUGGCAAGGUUCCCAAAUGCAAAAGUCCAUCUCGAGAGCCUCGACCUGGGCAAGCUGGCCAACGUGCGCUCCUUUGCGGACAAGCUCUCUCGUCUGAUUUCCUCGGAAGCACUCCCUCGCAUUUCAGCCAUCGUCUGCAACGCGGCCUCGCUUUGCUUUGAAGGAGGACAGAAGUUCACGGCCGAUGGCUACGAAGCCACCUUCCAGGUGUGCCACCUCGCGCACUACUUGUUGAUCCUGAAGCUUCUCGGAAGCAUGGACGUCACAUCCGGCCGCAUUGUCAUGCUAGGCUCCAUCACGCACUACCCAGAGAAAUCAAACCCGUUGUGUUCGCUUCGACCACGGUUUCCAGCUAAUAUGGAGGAGUUGCUCAGACCGGGACCAGAUCCCCCUGCCCUUGUACAUGAUAGGGGCUUCCAGCGAUAUGCCACGGCCAAGUUGGCGAAUGUCACGUUGGCGAAUGAUCUCAAUCGACGUUUGAAGAGAGAUGAUAGGUUAUCAAGCAUCACGGCGAUAGCGAUGGACCCGGGUGGUCUACCAAGCGCGAGAUCACAGGGUCAGCAGAAAAAGUCCACUCGAAUGAUUUUCGCGGUGAUCAACUUCCUCAUGCCUGUUCUAAAACACGUUACCACGAUAUUUCGGACCACUGAAGACGCUGGGCGUGAUUUAGUUGCCUUGAGUCUUGACCCGUCUUUCCAAGGAACGAGGGGCUACUAUAUAGGUCGAAAAGAAGACAUCCCUGCGGCUGUUAGUAUGGAUUCAGACACAGGGGAAAAGCUGUGGGAUGCUUGCUGGAGGUGGUGUGGUCUUUCCGCCGAGGAUACUGUACUUCGAGAUGCUGCUCCACAGAGCUGAUGUGUAGAAACUUCGCAUGU